AAUGCAGCCUCAGUUAACAUACCGGAUAGAUCAUCUAGUUAUUGCAAGUCUAAAGUAGACCUCGCCUUUGUCGUCGAUACAUCAAGAAGUAUUCCACAUAUAGACUUUACACGACAAAUACGGUUUAUUGAAGAUAUUGUAAGCUUUCUAGAUGUUGGUCCGCAGAAGACACGUGUUUCAGCUGUGUCAUUUAGUAAUUAUGGCUUCCCCGAGUUUGGAUUUAACAAUUUUUCUAGAAAAGAGGAUGUGUUAAAAUCAAUCAAAAGAAUUGAUCAUUCUCAGGGUGAUGCUACUAGAACAUAUCUUGCCUUGGAAUAUACACACUACAUACUUUACGGGCCUGGGAAUGGUGAACGGCCGGAUGUAGCAGAUGUCGUUAUUGUUUUGACAGACGGAAAAACAAAUCCAGGCAGUUAUGAUAAAUACGGCGAUGAAAGUGGAAAGCGACAAACUCAGAUCGAGGCUGCCAUCAUUAAGGCCAGACCAGCUUUCAUAUUUGUUAUUGGAGUUGGAAGUCUUGUAGAUAUUGACGAAUUGAACGGCAUGUCUAGUGAUCCAGAUAGAGAAUUUACGAUCCAAGUUUCUUCUUUCGAAGCUUUGAAUACAGAUACUGUCAAACGAACGUUAUUAUCAAGAGUUUGCGUGGCUGUAGGGACCACUACUGCACAACCACAACACUAUGUGUCAACAUCCCCACCGCCAUCACCACCCUGUCGUCGAGCAGUCGCCGACAUUUUCUUCAUUGCUGAUAGCUCAACUAGUAUAGGUAUCACUGCAUUUAAUGAAUUAAAGAUAUUUGCAACGUCUGUUUUGAAUAGAUUUACAAUUGGUCCUGAUCACAUAAAGAUUGGUCUCAUUACAUUUUCGGAUGACGCAGAAAUACAGUUUAAACUGAAUACCUAUGGUAGAAAGUCAGAUAUAAUAAAUGCUAUUUUGAAUAUUCCUUAUACUACUGGCAUCACAAAUACUCAUAAGGCCUUACAACUGCUUUACAAGGAUGGAUUUACGAGAGCUAGCGGCGAGCGAGGAAACACAGUCCCAAAAAUGGCAAUCGUUGUUACAGACGGAGCAUCAACUAAACCAUUGCAUACAAAAAUGCAAGCAGUUAAGGCAAAAAAUCAAGGAAUUAUCAUUUUUGCAGUUGGUGUUGGACCAUACAUAGAUCAGAAGGAAUUGGAUAUCAUGGCGUCCUCUCCUACAUCAAAGUAUUCAUUUUCUGUUGACAGCUAUGCUGCUCUGUCGUCAAUCGAAAGCUCAUUAGCACGGAGGACAUGUAGAGUUGCAGUCCAACGGAAUCCAUGAAUAAACCUAGGAAAACAAUAGAUAGUGUGAUGACUUUGAUAUGAAUGAGAUGGAGAUAUAAAGUGAAGAUAUUAUAAAGAAUUCCGUGUGCCAGUGUUUUCUGUUCUUACUAUUUUAAUAUGAAUCACUUCCAGAAUCAGAAGUGUUUUAUUCCUUGUAAAAUCAAUUGUUUUUAUCCAUUGCAAAAUAUUAUUACUUUUAAACGUAUUGCAUAUCUAUUUGUACAUAUAAGUCACUAUUUGGCCUUUAUUUUGAGCGUCACUGAUGAGUCUUUCGUAGAUGGAAUACGUAUAUGGCCUUCAUUAUUUCAAUCCUUGAAUCAAUGAUAAGUUUAAUGACAUUUGGUCACAAUUA